AUUUACUACUAGUUAUCACCACAAGUCACGUACGCUUGGAAUAUAAAAAUGAAUAGACUAAGGGUUAUUCCACACUGUAAUUUAUCCCUGUUCUAAAUUUCAUCGAAAUGCGUUCGGCUGUUCUAGAGUUAUGUAGGAACUCGUAAUAAUUAAUUUCUAUAUAUAUACAUCCAUCCAACCUUUGAUAUUUAUAAUAAGAAGUAAGAUUAUGGUUACGCAGAAUAAUACUAAACAUACAGAAUCAUUUAAUAAAAUCAUUACAAACGUCUGCUUUAAGAUUAAUCCGUGAUCAGUAAUAUAUUAAGACGGUCGUAUUGUUUGUCUCAUCUAUUUUUUACAUCCCACUUCUGAGAACGUUCUGAGAACUUCUUUAGUUUUUUUUUUAAUACAAACGAAGCUCCGGUACGUUCGUUACAUCACGUCUCAGAUGUAUACUAAAUUAAAAAAUUAAAUCCGGCAAAGACGUGCAGAUAGUGAAAUGUGGUUAGAAACAAUGGCGAUUAAUUUGCGGUGUGUGAUAGUUUUUUGUUUCAUUGUCUCGAUUACAGGUGUGCAUAUAUCAAACCUGAACGACACCUGCCUUCGUUGUCUGUGUCACGUGGCCGGCUGUGACCUGGCCCACGGCUGCUCGCAGGGAUACUGCGGGCCUUUUUACAUAUCCCGAGUAUACUGGGCUGAUGCAGGCAAACCCACUUUGCCUGAAGAUAACCCUCAAAGGAAAGAAGCUUACGAUGACUGCGCUCGGGAUUAUCAUUGUUCAACAAAAAUAGUCGAAAGCUACUUGGCAAGAUUUGGAAAGGAUUGCAACAGUGAUGGUGUGACGGACUGUUAUGAUUACAUGAUGAUCAACCACCACGGCGGCAACGGGUGCUCCGAGCCCCUGCACCUCACCAGCCUGGGCAAAUUGCGUUUGCAGCUGUACCAGCAGUGUCGACUAUAACCUGCAGAUCAGCUUCCAGUAGCAAAUAUUAUGGCUUGCAGACUCUAGUCUGUAAGAAUGGAUAGGCGAUUGGAAAUUAAUUGCGAAUCACACACACCACCGCUACAAGCCUUACAUACCUUGAGCGUUAAAAUGACGAAAAUCGAAUAGGCACAAAAUACUACGUUUUACAGCCAGUCCAUUUCUAGAGGUCAGUUCUUACAGACGAUCAUAAAUAUUAAACAACGCCCUCUUGUGGAAGAUUAAAUAAAUUUAUUAUUUUAAGUUUUCUUAGUCUUAAAAAAGUAACUUAUUUACUAUUACUAUUACGACAAUGAACUAUUUCUUAAAUAAAACGUGUGAUAGUUUUUUAAUAAUUUUAAGUUGCCCUCAAAAUAAAA